AUGGUAUCCCACCCCGAGACCCGGGCCAGGACUUCGGCCUCCGAUGUCCCCUUGACGGACCUCGAGUCAGCUACAAUUUCAAGUGUUACAGGAGUUACAUCGCGCUGGAACGGUUUCUCCCAGUUUCACCCGUCGAACAUCCUUGCACACCCCGAAAGAUUAGCCCCGAGCAUGUCGCAGGACGACUGGCUAGCUUCUUUGGAGAACACAUGGCACAAGCUGACAGUUGCGUUGACUCCAAGCUUCCUCCAGCAUUGGGUGGGUGGUGAAGCACCUCAACCUGCGAAGCUCCAUGCCAUUGCCGCGCUGGACGGUCUGCGCGGCUGGGCCUGUCUGUUGGUCUUUAACUUCCAUUUCCUCUUCACUUACACAUGGAAAGUUGCUGUGGGAUGGGGAUUUGGUGGGGAGAACUUUGGGAUUCACCAACUACCCAUUUUUCAUAUGUUGAUCUCUGGUCAUAUCAUGGUGGCCAUUUUCUUCGUCCUCUCCGGCUACGUUCUCUCGUACAAACCUCUAAAGACGAUUCGGAACAGGUCUUUUGACCAAACAUUCACAACGCUAGCAUCGGGAACUUUCCGUCGAGCCUUCCGCCUCUACAUACCCGCGAUUGUUGGGGUAUUAUGCGUCUUUGUGGCUGUCCGACUCGGUUUGUACAAUUACUCCCACAGCGUUAUUAGGGAGGGCCACACUAUUCUCGGCACCAAUGAACAACACCCGACUGUUUUCAAAUCAUUCAUGAAGCAAAGCGACGACUUGUGGCUUACAUUAGCAACAUUGAUGAACCCAUUCGACUACAACCUCUACUACAACUACUACAAUCCUCACCUAUGGACAAUUCCCCUCGAGUUCCGUUCAUCGCUCAUCCUUUUCGUUGUCAUUCUGGGAACAUCACGCCUAGUGGCGCCUGUGCGCAUGACAGUAGUCUCUGCUCUGAUAUGGUUCUGCAUGCGCUACGGCCGCUGGGAAAUUGUCCUCUUCCUCUUUGGCAUGUUGAUGGCAGAGGUAGAUCUCAUCAACGGCACCUGGGAAGAACCCAAACGAAAUACCACAGAAGAAGAGAAAACGACCAUCCGUCUCAACACCGGUAGCAAGGUGACCAUCAAUGUCUCCCGCCGUUGGUUAUGGAUCUCCAUUUUCAUAGUCGGUCUAUACUUCGGCUCCUGUCCCAACAUCGGGUUCAAAUGGACGCCCUUCUACAUGUGGCUGUGGCAUGUCACUCCGAAGACCUACCCGGAACCACACCGAUUUGCCCAAACCAUCGGUGCAGUCCUCAUCGUCUUUUCUAUCAAUCACUCCCCAGACAUCCAGAAAUUAUUCACAAACCCCUUCUCCCAAUACCUCGGCAAGAUCUCCUUCGCAUUCUAUGUCGUCCACGGCCCCAUCCUUCAUUGUCUGGGCUACUCCAUCAUGCCCAAUAUCUGGAACUACACCGGCAAGGUAACGAACUUCCAGUAUUGCCUCGGGUUCCUCCUCGGCUGGCUCAUCUGCCUGCCCAUCGCUAUCUGGAUGGGUGAUAUCUUCUGGCGUCUCGUUGAUAUUCCCAGUGUCAAGUUCGCUCGUUCGCUGGAAGACCGCGUUAUUUCUAAGGCUCCUGCUCAUGGUCCUCCGAGCUUGUCAAUGCCUCAAAGGGAAUGA